AUCCUCAUUCUCUAUCGAUCAAUUGCCUGAGUAGUGUCGAAAUAGUAGAUCAAGUUAGAACCGUUCGGAGGAUUAAUAUGGCUUUAACUUUCAUAGCCGGAUCGUUGGCGUCGGCGAUCAUCGGGAAGCUCGUUGAUACAUGCUUUUCCUACAUCAAAUCUUACCCUGGGCUGCGAGGCGUGCGGGACGAGCUGAAAAGGCUGGAUCAGGCCCUUCCGCAGAUCCAGACAGUCUUGACUGCCGUAGAGGAGGCGGCGUCGAUUGCAGAGCAGAACGAAGCGCUGGAUACGUGGCUGUGGCAGCUCAGAGAUGCUGUGGAGAACGCGGAGGACGUGCUCGACGAGCUGGACUACUACGAGCUGAAGAAGACUAUAAAAGAUCAAGAUGACGAGGUGCGUGGCAUUCUCUCUAAAUACAAGAAAAAGUUUGACCUUUUUGUUAAUCGUAAAUUUAGCAACGACACACCGAACCGGUUGGGGGAGGCCGUCAAGGAGUUAGAUAGGGUUGUUGCUGGUAUGGAGCCACUAGUUCAACUUGUUACUGGGUUAUAUGGCCCUAGUGUUAAGCGUCAAAAGCUCGAGGAAAUCAAGAAUGCUCGCGAGACUAGCUCCUUGCUAACCGAAAGUGAGGUGCUCGGACGAGACGAGGAGAGGGACCUGAUAGUAGAAUGGCUUAUCAAACCGGGAGAUGCCGAUGUUGAUGUCUCCGCUUUUACAAUUGUUGGCAUGGGUGGGCUCGGGAAGACUACUCUUGCUCAACUAGUCAAUUGCGACGAAAGGGUGCGAGAGUACUUCGACCCGAUUAUGUGGGUCUGCGUUUCUCAGGAUUUCGAUGCAGCUGCGAUAACAAGAAAGAUGUUAGAAGGUGCAAGUAGUGGGAGUUUGGGUGAUAAGUCUCUAAAUGCACUCCAUGAAAUUGUUAAACAGAAACUUACAUCGAAGAGGUUUUUGCUCAUACUGGAUGAUGUUUGGAACGAUGAUAAAAUGAUGGAGUGGGAGAAAUUGGGUGCUCCUUUGAAAUUCGGACUGAGAGGAAGCAAGAUCCUGUUGACAACUCGAAUGGGUUCAGUUGCGGAUAUGGCAGCAAAAGUAAUGAAAUGCAAACUAGAAUCAUUAAAUCUAAAUGAGUUGGAGGAGAGCGAUUAUAUGUCGCUUUUCAAUAAGAAUGCAUUCCUCAAUGUGAAUCCUGAUGAUUAUAAAAACUUGCAACCGAUUGGUCAACAUAUAGCGAAGAAACUUGGAGGAUGCCCAUUGGCAAUAAAAGUCAUGGGAGGAAUGCUGAACUCCUGCAUGGACUAUGAAUAUUGGAAGAAAAUCUUGGAAGAAAACAUCAUGAAAUUACAACAAGGAAAGGAUGGCAUCAUGACAAUUUUGAGAUUAAGCUACAAUCACUUACCCACAAACUUACAACUCUGCUUUAGAUAUUGUAGUUUAUUUCCACAGGAUCAUAUGUUUAAGAGGAAAAAGUUGAUCAAUAUGUGGAUUGGUUCAGGUCUGAUUCCGCAAUCUAUUUGCGACAGGCAAAGGCUAGAGGAUAUCGAAAAUGAGUAUUUAAAUCUUCUGACAAGAAAAUCAUACUUUACUUGCGAAACCAAUGAUAAUCUAGUGAAAAUUACUAAAGAGUAUUUUAUGCACGAUCUGCUGCAUGACCUAGCACAAUCUGUUUCUCUAGGGGAAUGCAAAAGAAUAGGAGGUGAUGUUGCAGGAAAUAUUAUUCCAAAAACAAUUCGACACAUACAUGUUGAGAUGAUAAAUCUUCUUUCCAUCAGAGAGAUCUCCAAUCUUAAGAACGUGCGCACUCUUGUCAUUUCUGUUAGAGAGGAUAAUGAGCAUAAUGCAGAUCAUGCACUUGAAUUUCUCGAGGUUAUAAAAGGGUUUAAAAAGUUACGCUUAUUGAUCUUAGAUGUGAAUUUUGACCCUUAUAAACUGCCCGAUGCACUUAGUAGCUUGAUACACCUCCGCUACCUAUCUCUUUCACUAGGGAAAGUUGUGAAUGAAAGUAUUGAAUAUGAUGGCUUGACCAACUUGGUAAAUUUGCGUUCAUUAGAUGUUCCCCAUCAAGUGAUAGAAAAUAUUCCUUAUAUUAGCUAACUACCCUUCAUCCACAAAUUACAAAAUUUUAUUAUCCGAGAGGAGAGCGGUUACAAAAUUGGUGAACUAAAGAACCUCAGGGACCUUCGUCGCCUGUGUAUUAGGAAACUUGAAAAUGUGAUGAGUUCUGAAGAAGCUAUGGAGGCCAAGCUGAAUGAGAAAGAAAAUCUCAAAUCACUGUCAUUGGAAUGGUCUGAAGACCGCUCCAAUAGUGCAGAAACGGAUGAGCAGCUCCUCGAUAACCUCUGCCCUCAUAUCAAUCUCAAGAAAAUGUGCAUCAGACAAUACCAAGGUGCUAAAUCUCCAUGUUGGAUGGCAAAUCUAUCUCUUGUCAAUUUGACAUCCAUCAAACUGAUUAAUUGUAAAGGAUGGGAGCACCUUCCACCU